AUGGAAAAGGACGGGCGCUCUGCCACCAUCACGGCCCCCAGCGGCCCAGCGCAGCAGCGGGCGCUGAACAACUCGCUGCGGGACUCCGAGUUGCCGCCCGACGUGUCCCUGGUCGAGUGCCACGGGACUGGCACGGCACUGGGGGAUCCCAUUGAGGUCGGCGCACAAGAGAAGAUCUACGGUAAAGACCGGGCAGAUCAAGACCAGCUGAUUCUGGCUGCGGUGAAAUCCGUGAUUGCGCACUUGGAGGGCGCGGCGGGCGUGGCUGGCAUCACCAAGCUGGUCAAAAUGCUGCAGCACAAGCAAGUGCCUCCCAAUCUCCACCUCUCGAAGCUCAACCCCAACAUCGAUCUCUCAAACUUCUCCUGCGUGAUGCCGGACAAGGUGCUGCCCUGGGCUUCCGCCUCAGCAUGCUCGGGAGUGAGCUCCUUCGGCUUCAGUGGCACCAACUCCCACGUGAAUGUGCAGGAGGCGCCUCAGGCGGAGCUGGAGGCGGUGCUGGCGAGCCUGACCGAGCGCCCGGUGAUGAAGUGGACGCGAACAGAUCUGUCCUACAGGGACUGGGCACAACAGCUUUGGUGGGGCGUCUCCUGGCAACCUUUCAAGCCAGCUGAGACCGCGACGCCAUCGGCCGAGGAGUGGCUGGUGGUGGGCGAUGGCGCCGACUUCUUGGCCAAGGUGGGAGACGUGGUGCCCAAGGCGACGGCCGUGGGCCUCCAGAAGUUGGCCUCGGAGAAGGAGGUGGACCAGCUGCUGUCACGGACCUGGUCCACCGUGGUCUUCGCCGGUCUCAGCUCGGAGCCUUCCUUGGAGGGGCCCACCUUGGCGGCGCUUUUGCGGCUGGUCCAAGGUUUGGCCAAGGCUGGCAAGGCGGUGCGUUUCCUGGUGCUCACGGCUGGGGCCCAGAGCGCCGCCGGCGACAUCGGCCGCGGUGUGUUGGGCGCGGCGGUCUGGGGCUUCGUGCGCUCUUUGCGCCUGGAGCUGCCGCUGUUGCAGCUGAAGACCGUGGACCUGUCCAGCGACCUUGCGGAGUUGGAGACGGAGCUGCGCGCUGCGGGCACCUGGCCCAGCGACGAGGAGCAAGCGGCGGAGGCGGCCGAGGUGGCGUACAUCCAGGGCGAGCGGUGCGUGCCGCGGCUGCGCCUGGCGCCGGUGCCGCCGGGCUCCGCACAGCUGGAGGCCUCUGGCAGCCAGCUGAUCUCCGGCGGCUUCGGGGGCCUGGGCCUGUCCAUUGCCCAGGAGCUGGUGGACAUUGGCGCCAAGACCCUCAUCCUGGUCUCCCGCAGCGGGAAGACGCCAGCGGGUGACGAGAAGCUGCAGCAGAUGUUCCAGGCCUUGUCCUCGUCCUCGGCGACGGUCCACGCCUGGUCGUGCGAUGUCGCGGAUGCAGCCAAGACCAAGGAGAUGCUGCAGAAAGCCAGGUCCUUGGACGCGCCGCUGAAAAACGUGGUGCAUGCCGCUGGCAUCAUCGACUUCUGCGAGGUGACCAAGCUCACCGUGGAGGGCAUGAAUUCAGUUUUCAAGCCCAAGGUCUCUGGAGCGUGGAACCUGCACAGCGGUAUGGAUGGCGAGGAUGCGAAGACGCUGAACUCUUUUGUGCUCUUCUCCUCGGUGUCUUCUCUCAUCGGCUUGUCCUCAGGGGUCACCUACUCCGCCUCCAACGCCUACCUGGACGGGCUCAGCCUCUGGCGCCGCGCUGAAGGCCUGGCCGCCAGCAGCCUCCAGUGGGGCCCGGUCGCAGACGUGGGCAUGGCUGCCAAGGGAGAGGCCCAUGGAGCCUCCGAUUCGGCCUUGAAGCUCAUCUCUCCCAAGCACGUGCGCAACGCUUUCCAGCGGGUCCUGGCCAAACCGUCCCUGCCCCACCAGCUGCUCUUCGCCCGCGCUGACUGGUCGCGGUUCAUGCAGCAGGUGGGCACUCUGGUGCCGGUGCUGGUGGAAUCCAAGGCCAGCGCCGCCGCAGCCGGGGACAGCGGCGCGCUGAAGGCUCUGCAGGGCCUGGCGCCGGAGGUACUCCAAGGCAAGCUGGAAGACAUCGUCCUGGGCGUGGCCCAGGGCGUUUUGGGCGAGAUGUUGGAGUCGGAGGCGCCGCUGAUGGAGUCGGGCCUGGACUCCUUGUCGGCCGUGGACUUCAGGAACCAGGUGGCGAAACAGCUUCCUGGUCUCAAGUUGCCCAACACCCUGAUGUUCGACUACCCCAGCCCGCAGGCCAUCGCCAAAUACGCGGCCGCGCAGCUGGCGCCGGCGGCCGCGCCUGCGGCCGCCCCGGCGCGGCUGGCUUCGGCGGACGAGCGCGGGCCGCUGGCCACGCUGGGCAGCGCGUGCCGCUUCCCGCUGGGCGAGGACUGCGAGACGUUUUGGGCUGCCCUGGUUCAGAAAACAGAUGGCGUCACUGAAAUCCCCUACGAGCGAUGGGAUGUGGACGAGUACUACGACCCCUCUCCCAACGCGGUGGGGCGGAUGUACGUCCGGCAUGCUGCCUUCAUCCAGAACGCCGAAUCCUUCGAUGCGGCGAUGUUCAGCAUUUCUGGAGCAGAGGCGGCCAGCAUGGACCCGCAACAGCGCAUUCUGCUCGAGAUUGUGCAGGAAGGCUUCCAUGCCGCGAAAGCUUGGCUCGGAGUUGGGGGCGCGAGCUCACCUUUGAGCACCAAAGACAUCGGCAGCUUCGUGGGGGAGUGCAACAAUGACUGGGGCCACUUCAAGAAUUUGGAGACGGACAAGAUGAAUCCCUUCAGCGGCACGGGCGGCUCCAUGUCCAUUUCCUCCAACCGACUUGCCUAUGUCUUCGGCUUCAGAGGUCCCAGCGUCACCUCGGACACCGCGUGCAGCUCCUCCCUGGUCGCGCUGGACAUGGCCUGCGCCAACAUCGGCCGGAACCGCUGCAGCGCCGCGGUGUCCGCGGGGGUGAACAUGAAUUUGCUGCCUGGGCCCUUCGUGGCCUGCUGCCAGGCCAAGAUGCUUUCAGAGGGCGGACGCUGCAAGACCUUCGAUGCCUCUGCCGAUGGCUACUCCAGGGGCGAGGGCGCGGGUACUGUGUUGGUGAGACGCCUCAAGGAGCUGGAAGAUGUGGCCCUUUGCUCUGUGGCAGGCACUGCAGCGAAUCAGGACGGCCGCAGCUCCUCGCUGACGGCGCCCAACGGCCCUGCACAGCAGCAGGUGAUUUUGACCGCGUGGCAGGAGGCCGGGGCCAGUCCUGGAAGUGGGGACUACAUCGAGACCCACGGCACGGGCACGGGCCUUGGGGAUCCCAUCGAGGUCGGGGCUUUGUGCAGCACCAUGGGCCAGGGAAGGAGCUCCACUCUGUACGUGGGCGCGGUGAAGUCCAACAUCUCGCACCUGGAGGGCGCCGCGGGCAUCGCGGGACUGCUGAAGGCCUUGCACGCCAUGGAGAAGCGCCAGGUGCCGCCCAACUUGCACUUGGCUAGCCUCAACCCCCACAUCGAUGUGGAAGACGUGGACAUCAGCUUCCCCACAGAGUCGCUUGUGGAGCUUUCACAGGAGUCCCUGCGCAGCUUCGGCCUCUCCUCCUUUGGCUUCGGCGGCACCAACACCCACGUGUCAGCCUUCGCACCGACGGAGAAGGAGGCGAAAGCUGAGCCGCAGGAGAAGAUUGUCUUCAACAGGCAGCGCUUCAGCUGGUCGCAGACGAAGCACCCGCUCUCCGUGCAAUCCCGCCGAGGCGAGCCGGGCGUGACGGUCUUCGCAGCGCCCAUCAAGGGUAAGGUGCUGCAGCUCUUGUCGCACCACAUCAUCUAUGGCGAGAUCGUGGUGCCAGGAGCCACCUAUAUCGAGAUGGUCAUUGCUACCUCAGCCUUCCGUUUGGACAUGGCGAACAAGAAGUUCGCGCUGGAGAACAUCGGGUUUCAGAACCCCCUGGUGCUGCGGCCCUCCAACGACGACAAGGUCAACCCCGAGUUGAAUCCGGGCGUCGACCUGUACCUUCAGAUUCAGGAGAACGGGCGGUGGGCCAUGAGCAGCGUGGAGAGCGGGUCCUCAGAGGUGAUCAACACCCAUGCAGAGGGCAGCUUGAGCUUCAUGGGGCCCAAGGCGACGUCCUCGGCAGCGGAGCUUCGGCAGUUGCCGUUGGAGGAGAUCCGAGGGCGGUGCCCUGAGGAGGUGGAGGACUCGCGGAUGUAUGUGCCCUUUGCCAACAUCGGGCUGCCGCUGCAGCCCCGCUUCCGCACGGUGCGCACUAUCAAGCGCUCGGAGGACGAGAUCAUCGCCUGGGUGGCGGCUCAAGAAGACGGCACCAAUGCGGGCUUCGUUUUCGGUCCUGCCGUGAUUGACGGCUCCUUCCAAGCCAGCUGCGCCUUCCAGAAUCUCGAGGCCCUCCCGAGCCUGCGCAUUCCCCUGUCCAUCGACCGGGUGCAGAUCUUGGGCCAGGGUUUCUCCCAGAAGGUGUGGGUGCACCACGUUCUUCUGGAGAAUGGCGAGAAGCAGAUGGAGACAAAUGUGCAGCUGGCCAGGGAUGACUUGACCAUCGUGAUGACGAUGGAUCGGAUGCGUUUGCGAGAAGUACGACCAGAGCACAUUGCCAAGAUGUUGGCGGCUAGCGCUGGUGAUGCAGAUGAGGACCUUCUGGAAGUGGCUUGGGUGCCUCUGGAGAAGGCACCUGCGCAGGCGGACGCCGCGGAGGUUCCGCUCUUCGUGGGCGCCACCGAGCUGCAGCCGGCGCUGGCGGCGGAGUUCCCGGGCGCCGGCUUCGUGGAUGGAACCAAGGAGGCUUUGGAGCAGAAGUUGAAGGAGCCAGGCUUCACGGCGAUUCUUCACGUGGCCGCCCUCGAGGAUUGCCCGGAGAUGGAGGCUCUGCAGUCCGCGCUGUACCUGGCGCAAGCUGCCAUGCAGAAGACCGCGGACAAGUCCACCGUUCCGGGCAUCUGGUGGGUCACGAAGGGAACGCAGGAUCAGGUCACCCGGAGCUACCUGCAUGCGGGGCUCUGGGGCUUGGCGCGGACCUUCCGCAUGGAGGAGCGCUCUGUACAGCUCAGGUGCUUGGACCUGGAUGGCUCGCUGGAGACCAAGGAGGCGCUGUGUGGGGAGCUGAAGGAGUGGCUGCGGAAGCUCAAGGGCACGGAGGUGGAGACGGAGGUGGCCGUCGCUUCUGGGGAGGCCAACGUGAGUCGGCUCCAGCGGGCGAGCGCCGUGCCGCUGAAGGCGCAGGAGCUGCUGAUGAGCUCCCGGGGCAGCCUCUCCAAUCUCAGGCCAGUGCUGCAGGAGACCCGCAAACCCCCUUCGUCCAUGGAGGCGGAAAUCCGGGUGCGCGCGGUGGGCCUGAACUUCCGGGAUGUGCUGAACGUCAUGGGUCUUUACCCUGGGGAUCCGGGGCCACCUGGCGCAGACAGCGCAGGCACCGUCCUCUCCGUGGGCUCGGAGAUCACGCACAUCCGUCGGGGCGACGACGUCUUCGGAGAGUCCCCCGGGUGUUUGCGCACCUACAACUCCGGCAAAGCCGCGCUGUUGUCCCCGAAGCCCCGGUCCUGGUCCUUCGAAGAGGCGUGCUGCAUGCCUGUGAUCUUCGUUACAGUGGAGGAGGCCUUGGGAGAUUUGGCCCAGCUGAAGAAGGGGGAGAAGGUGCUGAUCCAUGCCGCCGCGGGCGGGGUGGGUUUGGUGGCCAUCCAAUACGCUCAGUUCGUGGGCGCCGAGGUCUUUGCGACCGCUGGCGCGGACGAAAAGCACGAGUUCCUGCGCUCCCUUGGGGUGAAGUACAUCACCAGCAGUCGCAACGGCGCCAAGUUUGAAGAGGACAUGAAGAGCUUCCUGAAGGAGUUGGGUGGCGAUGGCAUUGACGUGGUGCUCAACAGUCUCUCCCACGACGACUACAUCGGCCGCUCUUUGGCCCUGCUGAAGCCGGGCGGCCGAUUUAUGGAGAUCGGCAAACGAGGCAUUUGGAGCCACCAGCAGAUGUUCGAAGCGCGGCCAGACGUGAUGUACGAGAAGAUUGCCGCUGAUACCAUGAUGGACUUGGAGCAAUGGCGCUACAAUGCCUACAUGAAGCGCCUGGUAGACCGGGUGGAUGCAGGCGGACUGGUGCCCAUCAACAUGCACAUCUUUGAGGGCAUGGAGCAAGGGGUCACCGCCAUGCAGUUCCUGCAGCGUGCCAAGAACAUCGGCAAGGUGGUGAUCAGCCAAGCGAGCACUUUGAACCUGAAGCCGGAGGGGCACUACGUGCUCAGCGGCGGCAUGGGAGCUUUGGGCAUGGUCACGGCGCAGUACCUCCUGGAGGAGGGCGCCAAGUCCAUGACGCUGCUCUCCCGCAGUGGCAAGCCCUCUGCAGACAUCACGGACUUAUGGGCCCAGCUGCAGGACUCCAGCGUGGAGCUGCAGGCUGCGUCCUGCGAUAUCGCCUCCAUGGACGCAGUGCGCCAGCUGCAGGUGGCGCUCAAGGACAAAAACCUGGCAGGCCUCAUCCACUUGGCGGCGGUGCUGGACGACGCCACCAUGCCCAAGCUGACCCGGGGUCACCUGGAGCGCUCCUAUGGCGCCAAGGUGUGGGGCGCCCGGCAUUUGCGGAGCGGGCUCUUCAGCGAGAAGGGCUGGGACUUUGCGCUGCUUUUCUCGUCCACCUCGGCCUUGCUAGGCUCGCCGGGGCAGGGCAACUACUCGGCGGCCAAUGCAGCGUUGGACGCCCAUGCGCGGUACUGGAAGAAGGUCAAGGAGGAGAAUGUGGUGUCCGUGCAGUGGGGUCCGUGGCGCGAGGUGGGCAUGGCGGCGCAGAAGGGCACCGUGGAGCGCCUGCGCCAAAGCGGCGUGGGGUCUCUGAGCAACGCCUUUGGCAUGGCCGCCCUCGCGGGGUGCCUCAAGGCGCCCCUUUGCACCACUCUGGUGGUGCAGCCUAUGCGCUGGGCUCUGUAUCUCAAGCAGUACCCGAAGAUCCCCCCGUUCCUGUCUCGCUUUGCCAGCGAGGUGAAAUCCGCCAAGCCCAAGAAGGCAGCAGCGCCCCGCGCCUUUGCGGGCGGUGCUGUCGCAGCCGUGCCGCAGGUGGACAAGGCGUCCCUGCGGCAAAUGCUGCAGCAAAUCGCCGCGGAGGUGGCGGGAGCGGGUGUGGACCAGGAGACGCCGCUGAUGGACUCUGGCAUGGACUCCCUGUCUGCGGUGGAGUUCCGGAACCGCUUCAUUAGCAAGGUCCCAGGAAUCAACCUGCCCAACACGCUGAUCUUCGACUAUCCCACCAUCUCUUCCGUGGCUGACUUUGCUGCCAGCCAGAUGGGUCCGGCCCCCGCAGCGCCGGCGAUGGCUGCGGCCAUGGUGCCCGCUGGGCCAAGUGCCACAGAGGUGCGCGAGCUUUUGAAGCGCAUCGCCUCCGACACCACCGGUGGUUUGGUUGAGGAGGACAAGCCUUUGAUGGAGUCCGGCAUGGACUCGCUGUCCGCCGUGGAGUUCCGCAACCGCUUGGCCGGGGAGCUGCCCUCGCUGGACCUACCCAACACGCUAAUCUUCGACUAUCCCACCAUCGCUUCCGUGGCUGGAUACGCCUCAGAGCAGCUGGGCUCUGCAGCACCGAUCGCCGUGGCAGGAGCCCCUGUCAGCGGAGGUGGAUUGGAUGAGCCGCUCUCUGUCGCCGGAAUGGCAUCGUACUUCCCAGCUGCUGCUGCAACCAGUGCUGCCUUCCAGUGUGCCAUCACGCAGGGCGUGGAUGGCUCCGUGGAGGUGCCCUUCACUCGCUGGGAGCUGGAGGAGGUCUGGGAUCCCAACCCCGACGCCGUGGGCAAGAUGUACCCGCGCCACGGCGCCUUCGUGGAGGGCGCGGAGUUCUUCGACGCCAAGUUCUUCGGCAUCUCCCCGCCCGAGGCGAGGGCCAUGGACCCCCAGCAGCGCAUGUUGCUGGAGACCUCCACCAAUGGCCUGCUGGACGCGGGCCUGGAGAAGAGCAGCCUCAUGGGUAGCGAGGUCUCGGUGCAUGUGGGCUUGGCCAACAACGACUGGAUCCAGAUGCAGAGCUGGGAUUUCCGCAAGAUCAGCCCCUACACGGCCACAGGCAUGUCCUUCUCGGUGUCUGCGGGGCGUAUCUCCUAUGCCUUGGGCCUGAAGGGGCCCAGCUACAUCGUGGAUACGGCCUGCUCCUCCGCUUUGGUGGCUCUGGACUGCUCCGCCACGGCGCUGCGAAAAGGCCGGGCCUCCAGCGCCCUGAACACGGCGGCCAACGUCAUGGCCUCCCCCACCACGUACAUCAGCUUCAGCAAGCCCCGCAUGCUCAGCGCCCAGGGCCGCUGCUUCACCUUCGACGCCUCCGCCGACGGCUACGCCCGGGGCGAGGGCUGCGGGGCGGUGGUGCUCCGGAGGCCGUCGGAGGCGCAGAGUGCGGCAGCCACGGCGGACACGCCGGCGGCGACGUUGGAGCGCUGCGGGCUGCUGGGUGUGGCUGUGAACCAGGACGGACGCAGCUCCACCUUGACGGCGCCCAACGGCCCCUCGCAGCACCUGGUGAUGAUGGUGGCGUUGGCCGAGGCCAAGCUGGCGCCAGAGGAGGUGCUGCACAUGGAGUGCCAUGGAACCGGCACGCCUUUGGGAGAUCCUAUCGAGAUUGGUGGCUUGCGGUCACUCAACGCGACAAGGAGCCAGGAGAAGCCGCUGAUCCUCGCGGCCGUGAAGUCCAACGUGGGGCACCUGGAAGGGCCGGCCGCGUCCACAGGACUCGUGAAGUCCGUGGCGCUCAUGCAGCACGGCGCCUCCAUGGCAUCGUUGCACCUGCGGUCCUUGAACCCCAGCAUCGCGGCGCUGAGCGAGCUACCCUCCGCCUUCGCAACGGAGUCGAUGCAGUUCCGGAUGGAUGGCCGCUUGAGCCGCUUGGGCGGCGGACUCUCAUCCUUCGGCUUCGGGGGGACCAACGCGCACGGCGUGGUCUCCUGCGCCACCGAGGCGGGUGAGUCCUUCCGCCGGCAGCUGGCCAACACCCGGGGCAGCGCUCAAGCGGCGCUGCGCCCGGCGCGGCUGAAGUCGGUGGCCUUCGAGCGCCGGAACUUCGCGUGGCGCGAGGUGGGGUUCCGAUUCCUCCGCGCCAAGCCGGGCGAGGGCAUGUUCGAGGUGUCCAUGCGGAUGGACGUCUAUGACGUGGUGAAGCACCACGUGGUCUUCGGCUCCAUUGUGGUGCCCGGGGUGGUCUUUGUGGAGAUGGCGCUUGAGGCCACCCGAGAGCUCUUCGGCCCAGGAGUCCGCGUCACCGAUGUGAACAUGAUGUUCCCCUUCGUGGUGCCCGUGCGCGUGACCGGCGCAGAGCCGGCCGCGAUCAUGCGCUUCGUACUGAAGUCGGAGACGAGGUUCCAGAUUGAGAGCACCUCGGCCACCGGCACCGUCACAGUGCACGCGGAGGGCGGGAUCAACAAAUCCCCAGCUCGGGGCGAGGAGGCUGAGGCGGACAAUAAGGCCAAGGCGGAGCCCGUGGACCUGGAGAGUUUGAAGCAGCGCGUCGUGGAGGUGGUCCCGGCCAAGGACGUCUAUGCCGCCAUCGAUGGCGUGGGGCUCUACUUGGGCCCCAUGUUCCAGACCGCCAAGCAGCUCUGGCGCAAGGAGCCCGAGGAAGGCAGCGACAGCAACAUCAUCGAGGUGCUUGGGCGUCUGAAGCUGGAUGACGGAGUGCCCAACGUGGGCUACGUGCUGCACCCGGCGGUCUUUGAUGGCACCAUCCACAGCUUGGGCACGGCCUCGGUGGGCAAGAACGUGAACGACCUGAAGAUCUUCGGUGGCGUCGGCCGGGUCUCGGUGAUUCAGACCGAGAACUUCUCGCAGCACGAGGAGUAUUGGAUUUGGCUCAGCAUCAAGGAGAAGCUGGAGGCUUCCGAGACCUUCGACCUGAAGGUCAUGUCAAGCAACGGCACGGUGCUGAUGCUUAUGGACAACGUGGUCUUCCGGAAGGUCUUGCCGGAGCAGAUUCAGAUGGCCAUCGCCGCGCAGUCCACUCCGGAGGAUGAUCAGAAGAUUUACGAGAUCGAGUGGCAGGCUGUGACAGAAGUGGAAGAGCCAGACAUGAAAGAAGAGAAGUGGCUGAUCCUGCACAACGAAGGUUCCAAGAGCCUCGUUGAAGAGCUUAAGAAGGAGCUGGGCGCCGGUCACUGCUACGCCGGCCUGGAGGAUGCUGACGCCUGGGGGAGUCUGUCAGACUUCGCCAGGGUGGUGAGCCUUGCCGGCAUCGCGGCCUUGCCCAGCGGCUCGGAAGCUGCGGCCAAGGAAGUGCUGGAGGUCCUAGACGGCACCAUGCGGCUCAUGCAGGCCCUGGCGGGCGCAGAGGGUGUGGAGCUUUGGUUGCCCAGCUGCCUGGCCAACGCUGUGGCGGAGGGCGAUUUGCAGGGCCUCGGCGCGGAGUUCCCAGCGAGCCACGCGGGGCUGUGGGGCUUGGCCAAGGCCUUCCGGAACGAACAUCCGGAGUUGCCUCCUGCCGUCACCUUCGACCUGGAGGAAGCGGUGUGCAGGUCCCCCCAGCUCUUGGCGCAGCAGCUGAAGAGCCUGCAGCGCCAGCGCGCCGGCGGCCUCACGGAGCCCGAGCUGGCGCUCCGCGGGAGCGAGGGUCCGAAGCUGUGGAUGCCUCGGCUCGCGGACUGCACUCAGCGCUUGCAGCAGGCCAAGGGCGACGAUCCCACCUUCGGCCCGGAGGGCACGUACGUGGUGACAGGCGGCACGGGGGCUUUGGGCCUGGUCUUCGCAGAGUGGUUGGUGCAGCAAGGCGCGCGAAACUUGGCGCUGCUGAGCCGCAGCGGUCAAGCGCCUGCGGACUCCAAGGCAGCCCUUCGGAAGUUGGAGAAGCAGAUGUCCAAGCUGGAGAACGCCACGUUCUCCACGCGGAAGUGCGACAUCAGCUCUGCUUCCGAUGUGCGGCGUGUCUUCACCGCACUGUGCGAUGAGAAGCACGUGGUGAAGGGCAUCGUCCAUGCGGCGGGCACCUUGGCUGACGGCCUUAUCAAGGACCAGACCCGUGAGAACCUGCAGCUGGUGUGUUCCGCCAAGGUGGAUGGCACCUUGCACCUGCACUCCGCCGCCAGUGAGCUGAAGCUGCCUUUGGAGGAGUUCUGGCUGUUCUCCUCGGUGGCUGCGAUGAUCGGCUCCGUGGCGCAAGGCAACUACUGCGCCGCCAACGCCUUCAUGGACGCGGUGGCCGGGCGGCGCCGGGCCGCGCAGCUGCCGGCGGUGUCGCUGCAGUGGGGCCCCUGGGCGGACGUGGGCAUGGCAGCCCGCGCCGGCACCUCCGAAGGCAGCAUCGCGCGCCUGGAGCUGUCGCGGGGCCUGGAGGCCAUGGCCUUGGUGCUGGGCGCCAAGGUCUCGCUGCCGCUCUCAGGCACGGUGGGUGUGGCGCGCAUCAAGUGGAAGUCCCUGCUGGGACAAAUGCCCAAGGUGCCGCCAGCGCUGAGCAGGUUCGGCGGCGCCGGGGGCAAGAAGUCGGCCGCCGCGGCGGGCGCCAUUGUGAGUGCUGACGACAUCAAGGGCAUCGUCGUGGGGGUGUUGCAGGAUGUAUUGGAAGGAGCUGGCGAUCUCGACCUGUCGACUCCGCUCAUGGAGAUGGGCUUGGACUCGCUGGCAGGGGUGGAGUUCCGGAACCGCCUGCAGGCCUCCUUUGAAGGGCUCACCCUGUCCUCGACACUGAUGUUCGACUACCCCACAGUGCCCGACCUGGUGGAUUUCAUCUACUCAGAGGUGGGCCCGGCGGAGGAGGAGCAGCAGGGCGGCGCCGUGGUGGCCGGGGACUCCGGCGCCAUGCUGGCCAUCGCUAGCCACGCGGGCCGCUACCCGGGCUGCCUCACGAACGACGUGCAAGAGUACUGGCACAACAUGAGCCUGGGGCUCGACACCACGACGGAGCUGCCCCCAGAAAGAUGGGACAUGGACGCCUACUACGAUGCAGAUGUGGACGCGCCAGGCAAGACCUACGUGAGGCUUGGGCACUUCAUCCCAGGCAUCGACCAGUUCGACGGGGACUUCUUCGGGGUCUCCGAGGCGGAGUUGCGCGCUAUGGACCCUCACCAGUGGCUGGCCUUGGAGAUCAGUUACGAAGCCUUCCACGCCGCUGGCUUGGACAAGGAAGCCUUGCAGGGCAUGGACUGCGGUGUCUACGUUGGCUGCUGCAACCUGGGCGGCAACGAUGUGGAUCCUGCCGGGCUGGGGCCGUUCUCCAACAUCGGCUUCGCCUACUCUGGUCUCUCAGGCCGCAUCUCCCACGUCUUCUCCCUGCGUGGCCCGUGCUUCACCAUCGACACGGCCUGCUCAUCGACCAUCGUGGCCUUGGACUCCGCUUCCUCCUCGUUGAAGCUCGGGAGGUGCCAGAGUGCGGUUGCCACCGGUGCCAACGUCCAGCUGUCGGGGUGCAUUUGGGUGGGUUUCUCCAAGAUGCGCGGCCUGGCCUUCGACGGGCGCUGCAAGACCUUCGACUCCCGCGCGGACGGCUUCGCGCGGGGCGAGGGCCUGGGCUCCGUGCUGCUGCGCAAGGGCUCGGAGAAGGGCGACGAGGAUCUGGUGAAUCUGACGGGUGUGGCCAUCAACCACGACGGGCGGGCCGCAACCAUCACGGCGCCCAACGGCACGGCGCAGCAGCGGGUGCUGCGCACCGCGCUGGCGGAGCGCCAGACCAUGGGGGAGGACGUCACCUGCAUCGAGUGCCACGGCACUGGCACCGCCUUGGGCGAUCCCAUCGAGGUCGGCGCCUUGCGUGCCGUGUAUGGCAAGGGCCGGAGCGAGACCCAGCCGUUGAUCUUGGCGGCGACCAAGAGCAACAUCGGGCACUUGGAGGGCUCUGCCGGUGUGGCGGGCAUCUCCAAAGUCAUCCUGGCCAUCACCAAGGCGCAGAUUACGCCGAAUCUGCACCUCGAGACCCUGAACCCCAACAUUGACCUGACCGGCUUCCAGGUAUUGAUGCCAGACAAGCUCAUCGAGUGGAAGAGCGCUUCCCUGCGCUCGGGAGUGUCCUCAUUCGGCUUCUCCGGCACCAAUGGCCACGGCAUCAUGGAAGCCACGGCAUCCACAGAGCCCAAAGAGCUGCGCAAGCCCGCCAAGUUCGCUCGCAAGGUGCUGAAGCCCUGGCGCAAUUGGCUGCAGACGGUGCUGUACCUCGAAGAGUGGCGUGAGGCGGCGCUCGCGCCCAGCGGAACCUUCCCCACGCCUCUUGGGGUCAUGGCAGCGCCCAAGCUGGCGGAAGCUGUGCUCGGCGGUACGGAGGGCGCGGCUCUUCCGACCUCGCCGGCGGACAUGGCGGCGGCCAUGAAAUCGACGCAGUGCGCCGUGUUCGCCUUGUCAGAGGCUGAGCCGCUGCCCGGCACAGUGCUCGAGCAGCUGGUCCACUUCCUGCAGUCCGCCAACUUGGCGGAGCAGCCGAAGAUGCUGCUGGUGGUCACUCGCGGCGCCCACGACGCCACCCGCGAGAAGUUCGACGCCUCGGCGACCUUGUGGGGCGUGGUGCGCUCGGCACGCAUCGAGAUGCCACGGUUCGUGAUCAAGGCGGUGGAUGUGAGCGCCACAGCCAGCGACCAGGAGGUCGCCAAGGUGGUGCAAGCAGAGCUUCAAGGCCCGGAGACGGAGGUGGAGGUGGCAUAUUUGGGUGGCCAGCGCUGUGUGCCGCGGGUGGUGGAGGCACCGGAGGCUGCGGCCACCAACCUGCAGCGCCAGGACGCCAUGCGGGACGCCCCAGAGGAGUCCGCGAAGCAGGUGAAGAAGGGCCUCCAAGUGGUGACUGGCGGCCUCGGCGGCCUCGGCCUGGUGGCAGCCGAAGAGCUGGCUGCCCUGGGCGCGCCAGGUCUCAUGCUGACAUCUCGGAGCGGUCGAGUUGCUGCGGGUCAGAAGCGCUUAGAAGAGCAGCUCCGACGGCUGCAGGGCUUGCCUGGAUUGACCGUCCAGCUGAAGGCCUGCGACGUGGGCAAACAGAGCCAAGUGGCGAGCCUCGUGAAGGAGGCCAAAGACGCCAUGGAUCCGGUGACAGGCGUGGUGCAUGCUGCCGGGGUCUUGGAGCGUUGCCCGCUCGCAGAGCUGGAUGCUGGGCGCUUGAAGAAGGUUUGGGAGCCCAAAGCUGCCGGGGCCUGGUACCUGGGCUCCAAUGACCUGGAGACCUUCGUGCUCUUCAGCUCGGUGUCCUCCACCAUAGGUCUGGCGGGCGCGGCGGCCUACGCAGCGGCGAACUGCUACCUCGAUGGCCUCGCCGCGUGGCGCCGAGACAAAAACGCGCCCGCGCUGAGCCUCAAGUGGGGCCCGGUGUCGGAGGUGGGCUUGACGGCGGAUGCCGGCAGCGACAACUUGGAGGCGAUGGCGUUGAAGACUCUGUCCCCGGCGCAGGUGGGCACGGCUUUGCGGCUCUGCCUGGCCGGGCCCACGCCGAAGCCGGAGAUGAUGCUGGCCAGGGUGGAUUGGCACGCCUUCAUGCGCGAGGUCGGAAUGGAGAUUCCACAGUUCAUGGAGCUGCAGUCCAAGACGGCUGGGGCAAAGGCGGCGACGCAAGGUGCUGACAGCACGUUGGCGCUGCUGCCGCUGGAGCAGCGCCGGGACCAGGUGCUCAGCUCCAUCCGCUCCGCCGCCGCCACCAUGGGACUCGAAAUGGACGACAACACGCCCCUGAUGGAGGCCGGUAUCGAUUCCCUUUCCGCGGUGGAGUUCCGCAACAAGGUCUCCAGCGAGUUCCGCUCUGUGCGUCUGCCCAGCACAUUGAUGUUCGACUACCCGACGCUCACGGCUUUGGCCGACUACGUCUCUACGCAGCUGGUGCCGGACACCUCAGUGGCCACUGCCGCGCCAGCCGCGGCCCUGCAGCUGGCGAAGGGCGGCAGCGAGCACAUCGCGGUGCUGGGGGGCGCCUGCCAUUUGCCAGGAGACAGCUGGUCCCUUGAGAAGUUUGACUUCAUGCUGUCGCAGGGUGUGGAUUGCAGCGUCGAGAUGCCGCAGAACCGCUGGGAUGUGGAUGAUUACUAUGACCCAAAUGCAAGCACAGGCCUGAAGAUGUACGUCCGGCAUGCUGCCUUCAUCGAGGGCGUGGAGCUCUUCGCGGCCACUGCCUUCAACAUCAACAAGGCAGAAGCAGAGACCAUGGACCCGCAGCAGCGGCACUUGUUGGAAGCGGCCUUCGAGGCGUUCACUGCAGGAGGCUUCAGCAAGGGCCAGCUGAUGGGAAGCUACGGAGGCGUCUUUGUUGGCCAGGACAAGUGCGACUGGAACCGCAUGAUCACCGGUGCCCAGAGCGGGCCGUACGCGGCCACUGGAGGUUCGUCCUCCAUCAGCGCCAACCGCAUCAGCUACGUGCUGGGGCUGAAGGGCCCUUCAGCCACCAUGGACACCGCUUGCUCCUCCUCCCUGGUGGCGGCGGACACCGCGGCGGUGACGCUGCGCCGGCGCCGCAGCGACCUCGCGGUGGUCUGCGGCGUGAACAUGCUUCUGCUGCCGCAGACCUUCGUGGCGUGCUGCCAGGCGCAGAUGCUCUCGAAGCCGGGCCGUUGCCGCACCUUCGAUGACUCCGCCAGCGGCUACGCUCGCGGCGAGGGCGUGGGCGCCCACGCCCUGGAGCGUAGCGGCAGCCAGCAGAAGGUGGUGGAGUUAAGGGGCUCGGCGCUGAAUCAGGACGGCCGAAGCUCGAACCUCACCUCGCCCAACGGCCCGUCACAGACGGCGGUGGUGCUGGCGGCCCUGGCGGAGGCGCAGGUGCAGGCGGCGCGGCACAUUUGCCUCGAGACGCACGGCACCGGCACCGCCCUGGGUGACCCCAUGGAAGUUGGCGCCCUGCAAGCCGCGCUUGGCGGGAGUGGGCGAACCGCGCCACUGCAGCUGGGGGCGGCCAAGACCAACGUGGGGCACUUGGAGGGCGGCGCAGGUAUGGUGGGCCUGCUGAAGCUUGCCUCGCUGCUCUCCUGCGACUGCAUGCCUUCGAAUCUGCACCUGCACGACCUCAACCAGCACAUUGCUGAAGACAUCGGGGACUUCGCGGUGCAGUUCCCCUCAGAAGCUUGCACCAGCAAGUCGUUCCCCUGCGCUUCGGUGAGUUCCUUUGGCUUUGGCGGCACCAAUGGCCAUGUGCUGCUGGCCAGGGUUCCGAAGACGGCGGAGAAGGGAGGUGAGCGCAAAAGCCUGCCGCAACCCCAUGCGAAGAAGAAGGUCGCCUUCCUCUUCACAGGUCAGGGCUCUCAGUACGUGGGCAUGGGCAAGCAGCUCUAUGGCUCCGAGCCCGUGUUCCGCGAGGCCAUCGACCGCUGCGCCCAGCUGCUGGACAUGCCGCUGCUCGAGGUCAUGCACACGGAGAAUGACGAGGGGCUGCUGAACCAGACCCAAUUCUCGCAGCCCGCCAUCUUUGCGAUCGAGUAUGCGCUCAGUGAGCUCUGGCGCUCCCGCGACCUGGAGCCCAGCUGCGUCCUGGGCCACAGUGUGGGCGAGUAUGCCGCUGCAGUGGUUGCAGGGGUGCUGUCCCUGGAAGACGCCGUGCGCCUCAUCGCGGCCCGGGGCCGCCUCAUCGCGGAGAAGUGCGAGCCGGAGGUGGGCACGAUGUCGGCCCUCUUUGCGCCUGAGAAGGACGUGAAGGCUGCCAUUGCCAAGGCCAAGGUUUCUGACUCAGAGGUGUCCGUGGCUGCGAUCAACGGGCCCAAGAUGACCGUCAUCAGCGGUCGCAAGGACGCGGUUCAGAAGGUGGGAGAGGUGUCGGGGGUCACUAGCCGGCCACUGACGGUGUCCCACGCCUUCCACUCCGCGCUCAUGCAACCCAUGCUGGAAGACUUCCGGCAAGAGGUGACGAAGGUGGCCUUCUCAGAUCUGACGCUGCCCUUCUUUUCCACGCUGCUGGGCCGCGAAGCGAAGGCUGACGACCUGGCCAAGGCGCUGUGGGCCGUCGGGCCGCGGGCCGUGGGACCGGGCGCCGGGCGCCGCGGGUUCCUCAGUUAG